AUGUUGUUCUAUCUGACAACAUUAAAUCUAUCCCACAUUCUCAGACAGGAUGCCCCUGUGUCAAUUGAGAAUCCUACAACCGGAGAGACUGUUGCUGCAAUUGAUGCAUGGACACAAUUUGACUUUCUAUGCAAUAACUAUAUCUUGAAUGGACUCAAUGACAAACUGUAUGAUGUUUAUGCAACAUUCAAGACGGCUAGAAAAGUUUGGGAAUCUCUUGAGAAAAAAUAUAAAACUGAAGAUGCAGGAUCCAAGAAAUUUGUUGUAGGCAGAUUUCUAGAUUUCAAGAUGGUAGAUUCCAAACUUGUUGUUAAACAAGUUGAAGACCUCCAGAAAAUUAUCCAUGAGAUUCUUGUUGAAGGCAUGAAGAUCAAUGAAUCUUUCCAAAAGGUGUCUUUGAUUAAAAACUUCCACCAAAUUGGAAAGAAUUCAAAAGUUAUCUGA